AUUAAGACUAUUUAUGUACACGUAAUUAGGAAAUGACAUGUCACUCUUACAAAGCCAAACCAAAACCCCCUUAUCCGACAUCGUUUCAACAUCCAAAAUCCCUCUCUUCGUCCUCGAAGGGAUCGGAUUUCUCACGCCGGCACUUUCCUCUCUGUACUCCCACCGUCACCACCUCCGAAAUGUCGGAUCAAUCUCUUCCUCCUCCACCCGCCGAGUCCAAGUCCCGUCCCGUCGGUGGCACCGAGCACAGCUGGUGCCGCGCCGUUCCCGGUGGCACUGGCACCACUGUCCUCGGUUUACUCCUCUCAAAACCUCCCGAUAUUCCCCAUCUCCAAUCCUCCCUCCACACUCUCCAAAAUCUCCACCCAAUCCUUCGCUCCAAAAUUCACCACGAUCCUUCCCGACGAGAUUUCUCCUUCCUCAUCCCUCCAUCUCCCCCGCUCCAUCUCCAGAUCCUCGACCUCGCCGCCACCGCACGCGCUAUCGCCUCUCAUCCCGACGCCGACGACCCUUCCGUCUCCGAUUUUCACAAGAUCCACGAGCACGAGAUAAACCGCGUCAUGUGGUUCGAUCCAACCCAUCCGUCGUAUUCCGACACCGACGUAAUGUUCGCUACCGUCUACACGGUAAGCGAGAGCCAAUGGGCGGUAUUCCUCAGCCUCCACACGGCGACAUGCGAUCGUGCUGCGGCGGCGGCACUGUUGAGAGAAUUGCUAGUGCUUGCGGCAGGCGGAGGAGAAAUAGAAGGCGGAGGAUUUGAGACGGGGGAUAAUGGUGAGGUUGGAUUAGGGAUUGAAGAUCUAAUCCCUAACGGUAAAGCGAAUAAGUCUCUUUGGGCACGUGGUUUUGACAUGCUUGGUUACUCCUUGAACUCGUUCCGAUUAGCGAAUUUGGAAUUCAAAGAUCCGAAUACGGAGAGAUUUUCUCAGAUGAUUAGGUUGAGGAUGAACUCCGAUGAGACUCAGAAACUUCUCGCUGGGUGCAAAUUGAGAGGCAUUAAGCUGUGUGGAGCUCUAGCAGCUGCUGGAUUGAUUGCUACUCGUUGUUCUAAGGAUCAUCUUCCUCCUUACCAGAAAGAGAAAUAUGCUGUUGUUACGCUCAACGAUUGUCGUUCUCUCCUUGACCCUCCCCUCACAAGCCACCAUCUAGGAUUCUAUCACUCUGCCAUUCUCAACACACAUGACAUAUCAGCUGAAGAUACAGUAUGGGAAGUGGCAAGCCGAUGCUAUUUUUCCUUCUCAAAUGCCAAAGACAACAACAAGCAUUUCUCAGACAUGUCUGACUUGAACUUCCUUAUGUGCAAAGCCAUUGAAAAUCCCAGCCUCACUCCAUCUUCAUCCAUGAGAACAGCCCUCAUCUCUGUCUUUGAAGACCCCAUCAUCGAAAUUUCCGGUCCCGAGCAGCAGAACCUCGGCCUACAUGACUACAUUGGCUAUGCCUCUGCACAUGGUGUUGGGCCAUCGAUCGCCAUAUUUGACACGAUUCGUGAUGGUCAGUUGGAUAGUGCUUGUGUGUACCCGUCGCCUUUGUUUUCCAGAGAUCAAAUGAACCGAAUUUUCGAUGAUAUGAAGAAAAUUCUGGUGAAUAGUUCCGUGGAAGUAAACGAAGGCUAAGAAUUUUGGUUGAUUUUGGAAAUGUUUAGGUGCCUCUAUUUUUAUGUGUAAUUUUGUGAUGCAUGUUGAUGCUCUCUUGCUUCAUAACUAGAAAAAUAAAAAAUGAAUUUUAGGCGAGCAAUAAUUAUAUGGGUAGUCAAUAUAUGUGCACAACUUGCAUCUAUCGUUUUGAGUACCAGAAGUUCGGGUUCCAAUCUCUCACUCCAGCUUGUACUUAUUAUGGUAUUUAAUAAAAUAAUAAUUAUAUGGAUAUAUCAAA